AGAAGUGCCUUCUGUUACAGUUCUAACUGUAAUCCUGACGUGGUUCUGCGGGUGUGGUGACAAGAUAAGCGCACACCCUGGCUUUGGGGCUCGAUGAGGAUGCCCACACUUCUGCCUCCGCUGACGCCUCCCCAUUCCCAGACAGGCAGCCUGUGAGCUGGGGACGGAGGGAGCCAGGGAGUCCCCCAGGCAGAGAAUCCUCAGACAGGGAGGUUAUUCCUGGAUAGCUGCCAGCUCUCCAUGAGUUCCCACCACGGCCUACUUGGUCGUAGGGGAUCCAAGUUUUAAUUCUGAGUAGGUAGAGGUGGGUUUUCACGCUGUGGGUCAGUGCGCCAGAGCUGGGCUUCUGCUCUCCAGCAAUCCUGAAGUUCGAGUUCCUAGAGGGAUCCAGGAGGCUUCCCGGAGGGGCGUCUUCUCCGCCUCGCUGCUGCAGCAUCCAGGGGUGCAUCCCUCCUUUCCGAUUCUUGACGUCAAGCCCGGACCGCUGCGAAGCCUCGCCAGGGCGGUGGAGAGCAGAGCGAGGGCGGCGGGGAGGGGAAGCCAUUGCAGCAACAGCUUGGAGAAGGGAGCUGGACGGCUCCGCCGAGAAAAACAGGGGGUGGGAGCACGGCAGGGGAGGCAGGGGACCUGCCCACUUAGGGAGCCUCUGGGUUACUGCAAAGAGGGGCGGGGAGAGGCGGGGGCGCAGCCUGCACCGCGCUGGCUCCAGCGGUGCCCGCGGGGAAUGUGACAUCAGCGGCGCCGGGCGCUUGCGGCUGGAGGAGGCAGCUCGCCUCGGCUGCGCUGGGCAGACCUCGGCCCGGGGAGGACGCAGCCAGACCCGGGCAGGCGGCAGGGAUGUCGGCGAAGGAGAGGCCAAAGGGCAAGGUGAUCAAGGACAGCGUGACCCUCCUGCCCUGCUUUUAUUUCGUGGAGUUGCCUAUAUUGGCAUCAUCAGUGGUUAGCCUGUAUUUCCUUGAACUCACGGAUGUCUUCAAACCUGUGCACUCCGGAUUCAGCUGCUAUGACCGGAGUCUUAGCAUGCCCUACAUUGAACCCACCCAGGAGGCAAUUCCAUUCCUCAUGCUGCUUAGCUUGGCUUUUGCAGGUCCUGCAAUUACGAUUAUGGUAGGGGAAGGAAUUCUCUACUGCUGCCUGUCCAAAAGGAGGAAUGGGGUUGGGCUGGAACCCAACAUUAAUGCUGGAGGCUGCAACUUCAACUCUUUCCUUCGAAGAGCCGUCAGAUUCGUUGGCGUCCAUGUGUUUGGACUCUGCUCUACAGCCCUCAUCACAGAUAUCAUCCAGUUGUCCACAGGCUACCAGGCUCCAUACUUUCUGACUGUGUGCAAGCCAAACUAUACCUCCCUGAACGUGUCUUGCAAAGAGAAUUCUUACAUUGUAGAAGAUAUUUGCUCAGGAUCUGACCUUACAGUUAUCAACAGUGGCAGAAAAUCAUUCCCUUCUCAACAUGCGACCCUUGCUGCCUUUGCAGCUGUGUACGUUUCGAUGUACUUCAAUUCCACACUAACGGAUUCCUCCAAGCUUCUCAAACCUCUCCUGGUCUUCACCUUCAUCAUAUGUGGAAUCAUAUGUGGACUAACCCGGAUAACUCAGUAUAAGAACCACCCAGUUGAUGUCUAUUGCGGCUUUUUAAUAGGAGGAGGAAUUGCUCUGUACUUGGGCCUAUAUGCUGUGGGGAAUUUUCUGCCUAGUGAAGACGGUGUUUUUCAGCACAGAGAAGCCCUCAGGUCUCUGACAGACCUCAAUCAAGACCCCAGCCGAGUCUUAGCUGCUAAAAACGGUAGCAGCAGUGACGGGAUUGCUCACACGGAAGGCAUCCUCAACCGAAACCACAGAGAUGCGAGCUCCUUGACAAACCUCAAAAGGGCAAAUGCUGAUGUCGAGAUCAUCACUCCUCGGAGCCCCAUGGGGAAGGAGAACAUGGUCACUUUCAGCAACACCCUGCCUAGAGCCAACACCCCCUCCGUGGAAGACCCCGUCCGAAGAAACGCCACCAUUCACGCCUCUAUGGAUUCAGCGAGAUCCAAGCAGCUCCUCACCCAGUGGAAGAAUAAGAAUGAAAGUCGGAAGUUGUCCCUGCAGGUUAUAGAGACCGAGCCUGGACAGUCACCACCCAGAUCCAUAGAAAUGAGGUCCAGCUCGGAGCCGUCGAGGGUGGGGGUCAAUGGAGACCACCACGCCCCUGGCAAUCAGUACCUCAAGAUCCAGCCUGGCACGGUCCCCGGGUGUAACAACAGCAUGCCCGGGGGACCAAGGGUGUCCAUCCAGUCCCGCCCUGGGUCCUCACAGUUAGUGCACAUCCCCGAGGAGACACAGGAAAACAUAAGCACCUCCCCCAAAAGCAGCUCUGCUCGGGCCAAGUGGUUGAAAGCUGCGGAGAAGACUGUGGCCUGUAAUAGAAGCAACAGCCAGCCUAGAAUCAUGCAAGUCAUAGCCAUGUCCAAGCAGCAGGGCGUCCUCCAAAGCAGCCCCAAGAACACUGAGGGCAGCACGGUCUCCUGCACCGGCUCCAUCCGCUACAAAACCUUGACAGACCACGAACCCAGUGGGAUCGUGAGGGUUGAGGCUCACCCGGAGAACAACAGGCCCAUCAUCCAGAUCCCCUCCACCGAAGGCGAAGGCAGCGGCUCCUGGAAAUGGAAAGCCCCUGAAAAGGGCAGCCUUCGCCAAACUUAUGAGCUCAACGAUCUCAACCGAGACUCGGAAAGCUGUGAGUCCCUGAAAGACAGCUUUGGUUCUGGAGAUCGCAAGAGAAGCAACAUUGAUAAUAAUGAGCAUCACCACCAUGGAAUCACCACCAUCCGCGUCACCCCGGUAGAGGGGAGUGAAAUUGGUUCAGAGACCCUGUCCAUCUCUUCCUCCCGCGACUCCACCCUGCGGAGAAAGGGCAACAUCAUCUUAAUCCCUGAAAGAAGCAACAGCCCUGAAAACACUAGAAAUAUCUUCUACAAAGGAACCUCCCCCACACGGGCUUAUAAGGACUGAGUGGCCGUUCCAUCCUUUGGGCCACCCCCAAAAGACAACGUGUUGAUUCUACCAGUGCUCUGUUCCAGCGAAUUGGGAAGCCUUCUCACCAAACCAGACUGGAACUCAAUGACUCCAGAACUACUGCACUCAAGCUUGUAGAUUUCACAUCAGGGGGAGGGAAAAGCACAAUGCAAGAACCUAACCAAUGUGAUAAUGUGAAGACUUACAACCUACCUUCAAACUCAAAAGGCGUGCAGAGGGCAGCAUCAAAAGAAAGGGAUUUCCUUCAGUGUAUACUAUUUUACGUCCUGAAUGUGCCAACGUUAGGGAAUCUUUCUUUAUAAUCAGCUGUGGGAAUCCAGACACACAUUUUCCCAACAGCAGAGGCCAUGCAGUAUUAUAUAUUCAUUUUGCAGAAUCUGCACCAAAAGCUCAAUAUGGGUGGUGCUGAUUAUUCUAGUACAUAUACCAUGUAAACUCUCAAAUUCUAUUUAGCUGUGAAAUAGUGGUGUGCAAUUCCUUGUCAAAGAAAUGCUACUGUAUUAAGAAGAUGUUGGCUUCUUUGUGUUAGAAUAGGACACCCUGCAGCUCCUCUGUAGUGGCUCUGUCACAGUCAAAAAAUGAAAAGGUUUUGUGCAUUUCUCCAAAAGUAUGCUUUCUUCAACAACAACAACAAAAAAUUGUAGGAAUGUUUUCAGUGAAAGAAUAACCAGUACUUUUCUGCUUAGCUUUUUGCUGCUUACGUUUUAUUUAAAUAUAGUUACUGCUAAUGAAGAAUCUGUUUUAAGUAAGUAAAUUUGCCUAAUUAAAACUACAUUGUUUUAGAGAGUCUUUUGAAAUUGUGAUCAUAUUUUGCAUUUUAUGGCUUCUUUAUUUAUUGAUUUUAUUUUUUUGACCUUAUGGAUAUGUUGUUCUGUUUUUAAAGCAAAAAUAACAGUUGACAUUUUUUGAGCAAAAUAUACUGCUGAAGUUUAUAAGCAAGAAACAUGAACCAAAACUUGAUGUUGUGGGUUACACUGCUAGCAGCGUUGGUCAAGUCAACCCUUAUGUGUUUCCAGCCACCCCUUAAUAAGUGAUCCAAAAAUUUCAUUUUGUUCCAGAUGAUUAACUUUUUUGAUAUCCUGAUAACCAGUAAAUUAAAGCCACAACAGUUGGGUUUUACCUCCUUCUCUAAAAUAUUUUUGUUAACUGGACAUAAACUGGAAGAAUCUGAAAAAAUGAAAAUUCAUAAGUAAAAAUGUCUCACAGUAUCAAUUAAGAAUGUAUUUCUCCAAAAUAUCUAGACGGGCACAGUUCUUGUGCUCAACAUGCAAAUAACAGUUUUUGCUACCUAUCCUGAAUAAAGUUCAGCCUACAUCAAAGGAAUCCAUUAUUAUCAACAGUAAGGGAAAAACCAAAACAUUUUGAGGUGUUUUGCAACUUAGAAUUUCAAGUAUGAAGAAAUAUUUGGUUCCUGUAAUUUAGUAUUAAACCUGUUUACACCAUUUCUUAAGAAUUCCAAUGUACAACUGAUAAUGCCAAGGGGACAAAAGGUAACAGCAAAGCUGGUGGAUCUGAUCUCAGUUUAGUUUUCAGUGAGAACAGAAGUAGUUGUUUAGAGGUGAAUAAUAUUACAUCCUUAGCAACGUGUACAAGGAAAAGGCAGAGCUUUCUAGAGUAGCCAACCUCCUGAAGCAUUAGGGAUUUAGCUGAAACCAGCAGAAUUGAAAACUCUGGCAAUAAAAUACAGAUUCAACUAUAUCCCUUCUGGCAAUUUCCUUCUCAGAGAGGGGAGUGGGAGUAAAAUGUUGCCUUCCCCACUUCUCACCACCACCGCCUCCAUUAUGACAUUCCUGGCUUCUGCCAGUUUGUAGAGAGAAAGGUGGACUGGUUUUAGUGCUCUGAAGAAAAAAAAGAAAAAAAAAAAGCUGCAGUAUUUCAGGUGCAGUAUGAUAUUUCCUAAUCUUUCCUAUUUCUUAACAAAAGAUUUUAAAGUACUUAUCUAGUCAUUGAAGUUUUUUUUUUCCUUUACAUAAAUAUUGAUAUAUUCUUUUUCUACUCAAAGUGCCAAAGGCUACAGUUUUUAAUGACUUAACAAAUUAUACCACAUUAUUAAGGAAAUAUAAUGAUAGUCGCUAGAACUCAGACCUCUGCAUGUAUAUUUGAUAACACAUCUUUUGUAAAAAAAAAAAUUACAAAAAAUAUUUGUUUACAUUCCACUGGUACCUUAAUUUAAAAUAAAUGAGACUAACAGGUGGUAUCUCUUCUUAGUGUUCUAUUUAUCUUAUUUGCCUAUGAGAGCACUUCUUCCUUUGUUAGGCUGUGCUUUAUUGAUAAAACCAAGUAUUGAAUAAAGAGAGUUAAUUAUCUUUUUAAAGUAAAUAAAAUUAUUAAAAUAUAUAUGAUAUAUAUAAAGUAUUGUGAUUAAUAAAAAUGUUAUGCAAUGUUUUCCAAACUGAUAAAGUUUGUAAAGUGCUAUAAUGUAUUUUGUUAAGUACAGAUCAAAGCUAUUGUGUGAGUAUAUUGUGCUAACAUCUUAGAAAUAAAGAUUAGAUUUCUUCAUCAAAA